CUUAUAAAUGCACGGUUGGCUCAAAUCGUAUUCGUCUUUGUUUCUGUCAAGACAGAAAAAAAAGCUGGCGUCCAUAACAGGACUGCGCGCCUUUAUGCAAAAUGCGCGUUCAAUAUAAUACGACUGACGAAGUAUGUCCGUGCACAGUAGGACUUAAAACCUACCAACUGUCGUACUUUAUGGUAUUCAGUGCCUCACUAUUCGCAUCACUACUAUUAUAGGCUGUCAUCCUGCUUAAAUACAGGAUCAGUAGGAUCAGUGUAGUUUGGCUGCUGUCGGUGUCGUAGAUGAGAUGUGAUGUCUCACGUUAUUCUGGCAGCGACGUGACCAGGAAAUGCCGCUGUAAGCAGGCCCGUGCAGCCCCAUCUCUCCAUCAGUGUUUGGAUGAAAGGCUAGUGACAGUGAAGGAAAACAAACAAGUGUGUUUCAACAUGACAGCCCUGCGUCAGAGGAAGGGCAGCAGGGGGAAGGAGCCCCCUCUCGGUGCAGAGUUUCAGUCACAGCAAUCCAACUGUUGCACCGACCAUCAUUCAGAGAAGAUCUUGCACGGUGAUUGGUCAUGGGCAGCAAUCAUCUGGACAUCGGUUGGCUGGUCUGUGUCAGUUGGUCUUGGCCUGCUCUGCUGUAUCUAUGUGGCCACCCUACAUGAGAACGACCUGUGGUUCUCCAACAUCAAGGCAAUGGAGCUUCGUAAGAGAGCUAAACUGAGCAAGCUCGAAUGUAAUUUGGGCCUCUCACAAGAUACACCAGCUGAAGAGAGCUGCAGCAGUAACAUCAAAUGGAGGACAGAAAGGCCUAAUGCCACGCAAGAGGGGGGUACAGAGGAGGUUUCUCUGCUUGGAGGAUUUGGUACUUAUUCUGGUUCAGGCAUUCUAUCCCUGUGGCCUUGGCGACAGUGUGUUUCCAUGGCAGCUGGACUUUUAUUGGCUGGGCUGCUGGCACUGACUCAGGCCUGGUGCGUCAACGCCAUACAUGAGAAUCUGCUGUGGUUCUCUCAGCUCACGGAAGUGGAGCGGGAGAUCUCAUUUCGGACAGAGUGUGGACUGUACUACUCAUACUUCAAGCAAAUGUUGCAGGCUCCAUCCAUACAGCAAGGGCUCUCGGAUUUGAUCCAUGACAACUUGACAGAAUCCAAGAGGACCAUUAAUCUCCUACAGCGAAUGAAUAUCUACCAAGAGGUCUUUCUCAGUGUUCUCUACAGAUUGUUGCCCAUACAGUCGUAUCUGGAGCCAGUGUAUUUCUACAUUUAUACAGUGUUCUCCCUCCAAGCGGUGUAUGUGAUCGCUCUGUACCUCACAGCAUGGCUGCUGUCUGGCUCUUGGCUGGCUGGUGCUCUCACUGGGGUCUGGUACAUCCUCAACAGGGUAGAUACUACUCGUGUGGAGUUCACCAUCUCCCUCAGAGAGAACUGGUCUUUGCCCUUCCUCGCGCUGCAGGUCACCACUAUCACGUGUUACCUCAGGCCUCAGCUCACCGCCUUGCAGCAGAAGGUGAUGGUGUGGCUGAUGUAUGUGACAACAUUCUGUUUCUGCCUGACGUGGCAGUUCAACCAGUUCAUCCUACUGGUUCAGGCUUUCAUCAUAUAUGCCCUCGACUGUAUUGACUUCUUAACAACUACGCAGGUGACCACUCUGUACCUUGUUCAAGUGAGUGGUCUGCUGAGUGUAUGGCUGCUCCAGUUCUGCAACUCCAUGUUACUGGGAUCACUAGUCCUGAGCUUCAUCGUCGCUGCACUCUUCAUCAGACACUGCCAGUCUGGUUUGAAGACGGGAAGCUUGCUGGUUCGCCUGGGCAAGCUGCUUCUCCACAGUGCCAUGGUUCUCCUCCUCACCUUCACCAUCAACUAUCUGGCCAAGAAAGCACUUCGGCUCAGAUCAGACGAACACAUCUUUAAAUUCAUCAAGUCAAAGUUUGCCCUGGGGCCAACAAGGGAUUUUGAUGCCAGCCUGUAUCUGUGUGAGGAGGCCUUUGGCCUGCUGCCCCUCGACACACUGGAGCGCCUGGGCGGUACCCUGCUGCUAUACCCUUACAUCCUCGCAGUGCUGCUGCUCAGUGGCGUGUUGGCAGUGGCUGCGCUGCAGAACGUGAGCAGACCCAAAGGAGGCUCAGCUGAGGAAAGGAAAGGAUCCGGAGAAAUGCGAGUGGUGGCUUUUCGCCCAGAUGUGGCCUAUAAUCUGUUGCAUACGCUCUUUUAUGGCCUCCUGGCUUUCAGCACUAUGAGGAUGAAGUAUAUUUGGACUGGCCAUAUGUGUGCGGUCGCGGCCUAUGGUGUGUGUGGGACGGAGUUGUGGACUCUGCUCCUCAACGCUCUCCGCUGCAACAGUAAAGUUCUGUUGAGGUUCGUCAGGUAUGCAGUUCCGCUGGCGAUGAUAGGUUUCUUGUAUUACAAGUUCUGGCCCAAACUAAUGGAGGAGUUAUCAGAACUGAGGGAGUUUUAUGAUCCAGACACUGUGGAGCUCAUGACCUGGAUUAGCACAAAGACCCCUAAGCACACUGUGUUUGCAGGCAGCAUGCAACUGCUGGCUGGCAUCAAGCUGUGCACAGGCAGAGUUCUCACCAACCAUCCCCAUUAUGAAGAUAAAGACCUGCGGGAGAGGACCCAACAGGUGUAUCAGGUGUAUGCUCGCCGGUCCCCAGAGGAGGUCCACAGCAUUCUGAGGGCCGCCGGCGCCGACUAUGUGGUGCUGGAAAACAGCAUCUGUUACGAACGGAGGCACAGGCGAGGCUGCAGACUGCGAGACCUGCUCGACCUGGCCAACGGACAUAUUAUGGACGGACCGGGAGACAAUGACCCAGACCUCGUCCCGUCCUCCCACCCUCGAUUCUGCGAGGCUGUCAAGACGGACACUGCGGCUUACACCUCUCUGUUCACAAGAACAUUCCAGAACAAAACCUUCCACGUGUACCGGGUAAAGAAGAAACGCAAGAAAAACGGCAAGAGCUCGUCAGAGGCCGCCGCAACUCAGUAGCAGGAGUGGAAUUCCCCAUCAGAGGCCAGAGGGUAGAGAGCUGGGGGAGGAGAGGAAGAGAUAAAAGCACCGAAUCCUCUGUCUCCUCUCUGCUCUGUGCCCAGCUGUGAUCAUGCCCAUUAUUUUUUUAACACAUGGGUCUGUGAACUGUGGUAUUAAAGCAGUGGACCGGUUCAAGCUUGGGGCUGCAGUGGGUUUUUUCAGUGCAGUGUGGAAAGACCUGCAGGAGUCCUGCUUUGGGCCGCCCAAAGCACCCUUCUCCCAACUCUGGUGCAGAUGAGCAGACACAGAAACAGCUAUUAGACCUCUAAGCAGGGUCUGGAACACCACAAGCAGCUAGUAAUCAUUUCUUCACAGCAUCAUGAAAAGAACAAAAUACAACUCACUGCUAUUUAAUAUUACUUUCAGUAUUGUUUUCUCUUGUUCUCUCGUUCAGUGGUAUUUAUUAAAUCUACUCAUCAAGUCUGAAUCCUUUAAUAUAGUAUAAUACACAUUUGCUGUUGAGUUCUUCUUUGCCAAUGACACUAUGUGAUGUAAAUAAAAGAUCUGUUCAAAAAUUUCUC